CCUUCAAAAUAAAAAUUUCAGAAUAAAGAGUAUACUUAAACGAGCAUAUAACGUGCGCACAAAUAUACGUCGUGACAUACAUGUUUUGCAAUCUAUAUUUAACCACAACUCGCAGAAAUAUUUUCGAUAGUAUAUACAUACAUAUAUACGUAUGUUUGGUACGAGUGUGCCGCGAAACGGCAAUUGAAGUUGAAACCAGUUGACACGUUAGUUCUACAAGCCGGGUCAACAUGGUACCCGUGAUUAAACGUCAACGUAUAGUGCUGCGUUGUUUGCCUUCUUAGAAUUUGUUUUUACAAAUGACACGAAACAAUGACACGCUCGAGGAUCCAGAUGAUAAAGGUUUUGAUAUUCUUGUUGAUCUUCCUGUUAGAACAGAGCGCACUAUGCAAUGGAAGUUUUAGGAUAGACAGAGCUAUAGCUGAACCAUUGUUAGAUAAAAGUGUUGAAACCCCGAGGAAAGAUAGCGCACAUAUUUCCGCAGAUGGGAAAAAGCAUCAACAAAAUUCAAUAUUAACCAGUGGCACAACGACUUCUGAGGUUAACAAAACGGACAAUAUAACCUCGAAACAAACAGACGUUAAUAGAACUGCGUACACUACAGGAACGCGUAAAGAGCAUGUGGGUGAAGGACAUGCAACUUCUUUAAACGCUGGAGCUCUGAAGCGUGGUUUUUAUGUGUUUGUGGGGCUAAGCGUUCUUGUCUUGGCCUAUAUCGUGUUCCGUAGCUUUAGGUUAAAUAAAACACGUGCCCAAAUGGUCAGAAAAUAUGGUGUUCUAGCACACAGACAAGAUGUUGAGAUGCGACCAUUGCCAUUAGAUGAGGAGGAUGAUGAGGAUACUACUGUUUUUGAUGCCAGUAAUGUUUUAACAAAUAAUGUUGAGCAUCAAAAUUUAUAAAAACAAUUGAUAUAGAGUACGCUAAUUAUUUUGCCACAAAAAUUUUCAAUUUAUGUAAAAACAUUUUUCCUAAAUAUGAUGCUAUUUAAAGAUGGAAGUAUACAUCAUGUACUUCUAAUAUUUUUUCAUAUAGAAUUAUUUGCUUUCGUGAAAUUUUAAUAUGAAUGCAUUUUAAUAUAAAUUCAUAGAUGUGCUCAUCUCUACAAACUGUACUUUCUGUCAAUAGAUGUUUUUUUAUAAAUGUAAAUGAAAUGAUCUUGUGAAACUUCCUUUAUUUUUUAACCUAACUAAGUGAUAAGAAAAAGAAUUUUAAAACACUUAUUAUUCACAAAGGAAUGAAUAAUGGAUAUCUAUAUCUACUUCUAUAUAAACUAUAUUUUACUUAAACUGUGUUGUUAUAAUUGAAAAUAUACAAAUACAGAUUGUCUCUAUUUUAUUUAAUGCUACACAUUUAAUAAACAUUAUGUAUAAAAUAUA